GUUUCACGCCCCGAAACCUCGAGAAAUAGUUCCCAUUUGCGCCCUUCACUGCCGACAGCUCUCUGGUUUUUUUUCGCAACCGCAAAUCGCACUCACGACGACCACUCCCUACAGGAAACUCCACACGAAAUCGAAGCACCGAUAGGCUUUCUCGUACGGCACGCAACAUAAAGCACACACGAUGGCGACAGCGAUACAAGCUCUCAAGGGCGAUGCGCCGCAGCAGGCUCGGUCUCUGUACCGCCAGCUGUUGAGGACGGGCGACCAGUUCGCGGCGUACAACUUCCGCGAGUACGCGAAGCGGCGGACGAGGGAUGCGUUCAGGGAGCACCAAAAGGUCGAGGACUCGCGGCAGGUGCAGGAGUUGAUUCAGAAGGGAAUCGAUGAGCUUCAGAAGCUCAAGAGGCAAACCGUCGUCAGCCAGUUCUUCCAGUUUGACAGGUUAGUAGUCGAGGGCGGCGCUGCCGGCAAGCAAAAGGGCGACAAGGGCGGUAUUGUCAGGCAAAAGGAGCAAGGCUUUAACUAAAAGAACGAGACCACCGGAACGAGGAGCGAAAGCGGAAGCCAACCUAAUCACGUCGCGAGCUCAAACGAAACGAUGACUCGGGAUCUUUUUUUGUACUAUAUACUCAAAUGGGAGGGGAGAAGGCAAGACAAGAAAGAAAACGGCGGAAGGGACGGGGUGUAUGACCAUCAAGAGGGGGCGAGGAGUCAAGAUAUUCUCUCAACUUUAUGAAAGAAAAAGG